AUAGAUGAGACGGUUAAUUCUACCGAGUUUGUUCGAUUUCACUAUAAAGCUCCCUAUAAGUUAGCGGCGAGUCUGUCGGUCGAGAACUUGGCCCGUUUCCACAGUUUACGUAUCUCCAUUCGGCCUCGAAAGUUGGUUUUCACAGAUCGAUACUGCAAGUUGCAUUCUCGCUGACCUCGUUCAUAAUUAUUAUUUUGUUAUUUAUUCUUGUUUUUUUUGCAUAUAAUAUGCCUAUAAAGUAAUUUUGAAUUUCUCUCUAGUAAACAUAGACAGGUGUUUCCGGUAGAAAGAAUUAAUCCCGAUCAACGACGGAAAAAGUGCAGCUACACGUCCCGGAACGAUGACUCGACGGCCAGAUUUAACUUUUUAGUAGUUCGUUUCAUUCAUCGAUGCGCUCUGGUGUAGCAUCUGGUGGCGCUCGCCCUCCGCUCUGCCCGCUCGCCACAGCUCGGAAUGAACCAGUCCGCAUCUGCCGUCGCGGUCGACGCGACCUAUUUUCCGGGGUGAGGCCGACGCUAAAGGGUACUUGCGGACCCCCAACCGGCCCAAUCGGCCUUUCAUCGUAUCUUUGACAGCGAUACACCAGAGUUUCCAAUCCGAUCUUGCAUCUAUAGAUAAAGGCCUUUCCGGGCCGUCCGCCGUACUUCGUCGGCGACCCUCCGGCCAUCCCCCGUUUAAAUUUGGGCUUACCGAGGGUGGUGGGUGUUGGGAGGAACGAGCCGUGCUCGGCCUGGAACAGAAAUAGGAUGGAAUCCGGCGGUUCGUUUACCAGCGACGACGAUGACCCCGGAAUCGACGUAGAAGACGACGCCGAAGGAUUAGACAACAUUGGGUCCAUGACGAAAGGAUGUGGCUCCGAAAAACUUGCUAUGCCGACUCCUCGGAUGGACAGCUAUCGUUUUUCCAUGGCAAAUUUAGAAGACAGUCAAGAUGUUGAAUUGGAUGCAAUUCUUGGAGAAUUAUGUGCUUUAGAAACACAGUUUGAUCGUGAAGUUUCGCACAAAGGAACAAAUCAAAUAUUAGGUAUGGUUUCUCACAGUAGUAGUGGAAAGGGUCCCAGACUCUCCUUAGGUCCACCUCUGCCAAAUCAGUCAUUAAGUGGAAUUGUAAAUGGCCAUCAAGGCUCUACUCCUGGACAACGAUAUAUUAGUCAUAAUCGUUCGAGUUCUGGUGGAACCAGACCAAAAUUUGAAAUUGGUGGCUUACACAUGGAUCUUGAUGGAGAUGAUCACAUGAGAAGUCAGAAAGAGUUUGGACUGAGGACUGAUAGUCCUGAUAAUGAUUCUGCUUUCUCAGACAAUGUGUCAAUGCUGUCAUCAGAGUCUUCAGCUUCAUCAGGUGGAGUGGCUAGGACAGAUACCUCUAGUCAAAGUAUGUCUUCCCAAAGUAGCAGAAUGUCCUUAGCUUCUUCACCAACUCAGGCUGAACAGGCAGCACACAUCAAGGCAGAAAAGAUAAAAAUAGCCCUGGAGAAAAUACGGGAGGCCAGCAUCAAGAAGCUUUUCAUCAAAGCUUUUACAGCUGACAACAGUGCAAAGAGUCUGUUAAUUGAUGAAAGAAUGACUGUUGGUCAUGUUUGUCAUCUGUUAGCAGAGAAAAACCAUGUUGUUAUGGAUACAAAGUGGGCAAUUGUAGAACACAUUCCAGAACUGUAUAUGGAAAGGAUAUUUGAAGAUCAUGAAAAUUUAGUUGAAAAUGUCUUGUUAUGGACCAGAGAUUCGACAAAUAAACUUCUGUUUCUUCAGAAAGAAGAAAAGUAUGACUUAUUUCUGAAUCCAGAGGAUUAUCUAUUAAGUUGUAGUUCAUCUGAAAAAGGUGCUGAACUGGAUGAUGAAGGAAAAAUUACUCUUUUAGAGGAAUUUUUUUCAAGUACUGGUGUAGGAGUUCCAGAAGUUGAAGGUCAUCUCUACCUGAAAAGUGAUGGGAAAAAAGCAUGGAAAAAACAUUUUUUUGUUUUAAGAGCAUCUGGAUUGUAUUAUUGUCCAAAAGGCAAAUCAAAGUUUUCUAAAGAUUUAUCCUGUUUGACUACUUUUGAAAUGAAUAAUGUCUAUGUUGGAUUUGGAUGGAGAAAAAAAUUUAAAGCACCUACUGAUUUUGGCUUUGCAAUUAAACAUCCACAAAUACAAACAAAAUCUUCAAAAUAUAUCAAGUAUUUAUGUACUGAAGAUGAAAGAUCCUUAUAUCACUGGGUAAUUGGCAUCAGAGUAGCAAAGUAUGGAAGACAAAUUAAAGAAAAUUAUGAAACAUUAGUUCGAGAAAUAGUUGAAGAUGAUUUGGAUACAUUAGCACAUGCACGAAGUUUUUCAAUCUGUUCUAUGGCCAAAACAAUGACAGUAAGUCCUGAUAGUUCAGGAAGUCCUGCAACUCCAGAUAGACCAGAUUUAACAUCUGUUAAUGGAAUUAGUCAUCAGUAUACUCAAGAAGUGAUAGAUUCAGAAAAUCAAUGUAACAGAAGCUCAGAAUCAACUCCAACCUCAACUACACCAACUCCUUUUGAAAAACCAAGACGUCAUGGAAGCAUUGCACGUCAGGAUUCCAUUAAAUCCAGUACUAGCAGCAGCAGUGGCUGCAUGUCUGAACGAUCAAGUACUGGUACUCCAACUGCAGAGCAGAUUGCAUUUGAAGCAGAUUUUCCAAUUGGUACAAUUAAAAGAAAACCUAGCAUGACACCAAAAAUUCCUCUUACUAAUACUACAAGAAGUAUUGCUAAACAGUCUGGAGAAGAAAGUUUAAAUGUUGUAAGUUUAGAUAAUGUUAGUUUGAGUAGUAGUAGCAGCAGUGGAAGUAGUAAUGUAGGAAGUUUAGGAAGAGCAGCAGCUUCUCGAUUAAGCUUGAGACGAUCUCAUACUGAUGACAGAAUUACUUUUAAUUGCAUAACAAAAAAAUUGUCAAAAAAGCCAUCAUCAGAUUCACUUUCUGUUAACAGUCGAGUAAAAGAAAAUGAAGUUGAUGAUCUUCCACUUCCACCACCUCCACCAGAAUUACAAGAAACUCUUGAAAUUGAUUCAAGUUCAUUACCACUUCCUCCUCCAGAAGCCUUUAAAAGCAGCACACUUAGUUUGGAUUCUCUUCCACCUCCUCCACCUAUACCUCCUCCAUUAGAUGAUGAAUCAAGCUGGCCUAGUACCUCAAGUCUCAAUUCUCUUCCUCCACCUCCUUCUCCUAUAUUAGAUAAAUCAGAAAAGGAAGAAAGAAAGAUGUGGAAUGGUCCAUUAACUGAACAAGAAGUAUCUACUAUUUUAGUUGUAACACCUGAAGUUAAAGCUGCCCCAGCUGUACCUCCAAAACCACAUUCACAAGCAAUUCAGAGAAGAUUAUCGGAAGCUGAUGCUAUUCAUCAUAAUCAAUCUCUUUUUUUGAAUGAAUUAAAACAGGGUACUUAUAAUAAUGCACAUAAAUCUCAACACAGACCAAAACUUAAUAUAGACUGUUAUAGUUCUUCACAUGAAUUUGAAGAUAAUGAGUUUCCAUCUGAUAAUAUUAGUCCUAUACAAAAUAAAGCAUCCCCUACAGGAAGUGUUCAAUCAAAAUUUCAGAAUUACUUUCAGGGAAGGACUGGAGGUAUAAGUCUGCAAUCCCCUUCAUCACUCGAUGCACAAUCUCCCACUUCUCAAUCUUCUGGAGCAUCGGGAGGGAGAAAAUCGAGAAUACAGCAGAAACCAUCUCCUCCAAAAAGAAGUGAGACGACAAAAUUAACAACAACAACACCAGUCAGAAGAUCAUCAUCAGCAUCGUCCCAUUCUCAGGAACAGACGUCAUCCACUUGCCCUCCUGCAUCAUUUCUUCGUGAUCUGCACCGAGUGAUGGAGAAGAAGUGGAAGGUCGCCCAGCAGCUAUCUGUGGAUCAUUCGGCCACACCACAUCAGAUCCUGGGAUUUAGGGAUCCAUGUUAUCUUCCGCCGGCCUCAGCAGAUCAGCUGCAGUCUCCCACUUCUCCUCCAUCCCAUCAUCCCUCCCACUAUGAGCGUCCGUCCCGCUCACUGUCUCAGCCACGACACCCAAGGAAAAAGUCUCCUCACGAUGAGACGUGCAAUUCCGGUGCUGCCAUCAAAAGACCACCACCUCCACCACCAAAACGUAGUGAAACAACACAUCUGUCCAGGUGGUAGCAAAAAGGUUGGUAAUCACAUGUGCUCAACAUGGUGCUGUAGUAAUGAACAAACAAAGACCAGGGUAAUUUACAAAAGAGAGGAGGAAAGAUGAUCAGUGCUAUUUACGUUAGCCGAUACUCCAUGUUAAUUUAACCACACCAACAGACUGUAAACUGGAUAAAGCAUGACAGAUUUAUUACAAAAUGUAGAAUCUAGUUUAUGUUUAUCACAUAAUAUCGUGUACAUAUUGUAUUCGUAAUGACUUGUCCGUGUCAUAAUGCCAACUUGUCUGCUUCCUACCAAUGACUUUUAUUUAGUCCUCUGCCAAUUCAAUACUCAAUAAGUGU